GUGAGUGAACUCAUGCUGCAUGCGCGAGAUGGCAUCUUCGACUACGAGGCUCUUCACAAGACGCUCGUUGGCAAGAAGUAGCUGCUACAGACACCCACACCGCUUACUUCAUUGUAUUGCACCAGCCUCCAAACAACACUCAACCCCCACCACCACCACCUUUCUUUCUGCUUCCGUCUUCCUUCUGCGUGAAUCCCGUGUUGGUGCUGUUGUGCAUUGUGUGCCUUCUCUCGUCACACUCGUGGUCAAAACAUCACCCAACUUACUCGCUAUCAACCCUCCUUCCCUUCCUUCCUGUUGUGCUACUUUGUGCCUGCGUCGUGAUUGUUUGCUCCCACACGCCAUCACAACCUUUGUCGUCUGACCCUGUUAUCACACUAAACAGCUUCCGCCACCAUCCGCUUGGCACACACACAACACACAACACAACACACAACACAACACAACACAUGCACGCGUUCCUUAGUUGCGGUCUCGCUCGAGACUUGAUCAGGGUAUAUGUGGUCAGCAGAGAGAAGUGGACGUAAGAGGUGCGCGCAUGUUUGUGCGAAGAACAAAACAAACAGCAAAC